CACUGCGUCAUAACACUGUCUUUAAACAAUGACUGAAGUACGUGAUUGAAAAAAACCGGCUUUUCAUAUGCCUUGCGAAGCCCUGUAAAGUACCGUGAUGGCUUGCAUAGUGUGAUUGUAAACGCUACUUCAGAGCUUUCUUUCCGUUAAAGUGGGCCGUACACGUUUAAUAUCCAUAAAGAAGUUUGUGGUUAGCGUGUCUAUUUCGGCCUCUAUCACGCCAAAACCGAGGCUUUAAGUGUCUCUUCUAGGCUCCUAAGGUGCACCUUUCUUAGUUCCUAAAAUUCCAGUCUCUAUGAAUCAUCACCCUCAGAGCCCCCCGUACACCAGCUUUCCCACCGAACGGCGCGAUUCUUCUCCCGGAGCACGGUCCCGGAGACACCGCAGCGUCCCGCCAGAGGGCGCCAGGUGAGAAGAAAGAGCGCGCGGCGCGAGCAGCGGACGGAAACAAACGCGAAACGAAAGCAGCGCACGCGGAAAUGGCCGCCGUUCACCCGGAGCCGGCGGAGACUCUGCCGUCGGGCUGGGAAUGCCGUUUUGAUCCCAGAACGGGCCGCAACUAUUUUAUAAAUCACAGGGAACAAACGACAACAUGGGAAGAUCCGCGGCUGCGAUACCCACAGUUACAGCAGGGAAGCUAUGCAAAGUACUACCUCUACGGCAGUGGCAAGCCCACACCAGGCCAGGCAGCAUCCAAGCAAAAGUAUUUUCAAGAUGACCUUGCAAUGGCCUGCCCUCCAUACUAUGGCAUGGUCUACUAUCCACCACCACCACCUUCAACGACAGUUUCUAAUUCAACCACAGUGAGCCAUAAACGUUUCGCAUCACCCAGGGAAGGCUUCUACACUGCAGCAGCGAGACCUGUGGGCACCUAUUCACCUUACUUUGGAAGUCCCCGAACACCAUAUCGUUUCAAGUCUGGCACAGCAGUUCCAGUUGAUGAGCAGCUUCUCAUGAAACUUUGCCUUCAAUUUCCAACUGUAGAAGAGGGCCACAUCUUCACUCUGCUAAAGCAAUACCACAACAGGGACAAUGUCGUGGUGAGCGCUUUGCUGGCUGAGGGACAUCCACGUGCCCAGACACACCCCAGUGCCCAUGAGCACUUACCUCCAAAGCUGCUCAAGGUUGAUGAGACUCUUGUAACAAAGCUUCAUGGCUUCUUCCCAACAAUUGAUCAGGAAACAAUAAGGGGUCUUCUUUACAAGCACAACAACCAAGAGCAUGAGGUUAUUCGUAUGCUGGUGUCGGGCCCCAACAAUUACAUCAUCCGGCACCAGAGUGCAGCACCAAGCUCACCAAAAAUGAAGCUGCGGUAUCUCAAGCUGCUGUUUCCUGAAGCUGACGAAGCAAUGCUCUUCAACAUGCUCUAUAACUGUGAUAACAAUGCCCAGGAGGCCAUGACAAGGCUGCAUGACCUGGGCUACAAGAAGCGUGAUGCACCAUUGCCCAAGGGCACGCCCAUCAAACAGGUGGCACCUGCCAAACCGCCCAUUAUGGAAUUUCGCAGACCCUCCCAAGUGGUACCACCCACCAAGGCAGAUCGGCAGAAGCUGGUGUCACACCUGCAUGAACAGUUCCCUGCGGUGUCCCAGACAUUGCUCAACAUGGCCCUGGAGAGCAGCCAGUACAAUGAAGACAGGGCCAAACAGUUCCUCCAGGCCAUGACUCCGCAGGACAGCCGUCCACUCCUUGGUUCUGAGGGCAUACAGCCAGGAGUGUUGGUUAAGAGCACUCCGCCCGUCCCACCACGAAGCCGCCAUGCCUCCCCAGCCCAGACUGAUGGCCUGACCCUUGUCACCAAAUCUGCACCGUCCACUAAAGAGGGGUCCUCCAAAGAAGAAACCCAACUUAUAACUGUCAGUGACAAGGCUACAUCCCCACCUCCUAAAUCGAUAACUGAACGAGCAUUUAGGCCCAAGUUUCUUCGGAAGUUGUUCAAGUUCUCUAAAGGCACCAGCACCCAUGAAGACCAGAUGACGCAACCUUCCAGUCGUAUAUGUCCUAAGGGGCCCAAUGCAAGUCUUCUUAAAGGGCCAAAUGAUGGCAACCUCUUGCGUGAGUACAUGCCAUGGCAGGGCCCGGACCCUGACAACCGACGAGGUCCUGACCCAAGCUUGCGACGAGGCCCUGACCCCAAGAACCUUGCCAGUAAGGAAGGAGCCACCAAGGCCAGAGGUCCCCAAGCAUCAAGCUUCUUCCGCCGAGGGCCCCUGAAGGACAUAACCUUCCGCUCCUUCCUCCGAGGUUCCUCACUAUCUUCAGGUGGUAGUGACUCACCACAGGGCUCAAAGUCCUCCUCCUCCCAGCAGUGAUCAGAAUAGGACUGUACUCAUAGGCUCGACUUUCUGCAGUAGCAAAAGCCAAGGUGUAGUGUCUUGCACAUAUUUUUCUUUUUGGGUGAAAACAGUGCAUAGAAACUUCGCUGUUUCCUUGUUUUGUUUUUCACCCAUUUUCACAAGAACAUGACUAUGACUCGUCCCUUGCAAAAUACUACUAUUGUGAAAGAAGCUCUAAAUUCAUAUUUUAGAACUGACAAGCAAGCUGUAUCUGGCAUUGAGGGCAGAAAAAAAACCUAGUGCAGACAUGCAGCACUGCUGCUCCGCGUGGCACAUUUAUGUUAAAUGUGAUGACUUGGCAUAGUAGUAGAAAAUGAGACAUAAUUUUUGCCCUUUUUGCUUGCAGGAUCUGGAGGUGUCUAUAAGUGGAAAUUGAGAAAAUUUAGUGCUUCACUAUCACAACAUCUGCACACACUAACCUGUUAAAAAUACCAAGGUCAAAAUGCUGGCAUGUUAGCGCAGCCACACGCAGCUGCCACCGAGUGCAGGGCCAUGCCCUUGGUGCCUACUUGGUACACAUGCUCACUAAAAGCUUGUCAAAGCGUCAGCCUUGAAAUGAUGCGAAGGGAAGUAUGUACGCAGUGCGAGCAGGACCCGAUUCGUUAUAGCUGGCGCAAGUCGAAGCCAACUUUAAAUGUGCAGCAUGCUUGCGCUCAAAUUGGCGAUGAUGCUUUUUCAUUUUGACUGGUUGAACCAAGCAGGCUAUUAAUGUUAAAUCCUCUAUUUUACAGUAUACACUACAAAAUGUCUUGGUUCAAAAGUUGAGCCUGAACAAAUUAUUUGUAUUUGCAAAAAAAAAAAAAAAUAAUAAGUUGUUGGCGUAAGUACAGGGUGAUUAUUUUUAAGUUUUAUGUAAUUUUUAAAGAUAGCUUGUUGCAGGUAACAUAAUUCUAGUUCUUGAGCUGGAUCAUUCAGAGAGGCAUACAUGCAUGAGAAAUCGCAGACAUAUCCAACUAAUUAACAAAAAUCAACUAAUUAUCUUUUGAAUUAAUUUAUGGCACAUAUUGCAAUUUAUGAAUUGUAGCCAGUGAGUUUGCAAGGCAUAACGACUUGGAAUUAAUUUCCAGAAUGACGCCAGUUUAGAGAUAUGCACCAUCAAACUUGCCGUAAAAAUGCAUUGUUGUUCAACUCGCUUUUUAACAAACUGCUCUUUUAUGCAUUGAAUCACAAAAGUAACUGGAAUGCUCAUGUAUUUCAUUCCACACUUUGGGAAAUAAAAUCUUGAAACUGGUGUCAUCCAGGAAAUUCAUUUCAAAUGGAUGCAAGCUCACCGGCUACAAUUAGUAAAUUGCAAUAUGUGCAGUAAAGUAGUUAAUUAAGAAAUUAAUUAGAGAACUUUUGUUAAUUAGGUGAAUAUGUGUUUUGAUUUCUCAUGCUAGCAAUGUCCACUUCUUCGAAUAAUCAAGCCCAAACACAAUAAUUGUGCUAUCUGCCAUAGGCGAGUUUAAAAAAUUCCGUAGAACUUAAAAAUGAUCACGCUUUAUAUGCAGGUUACUGUAGUGUCUCACAAAGCAUGAAACAGAGUGCCCUUUUCAUUAGUUGCAAUUUAGGCUUGGUAGUUCCACCCCCCCACACACACACAUCCUCGUUAAAGAAAUAUGGAAUGGGUCGUUUUGGUGUCUUGGCAAAAAAAGUUCACGAGUCACAUUAGAAGUUACGAGUGUGACUAAUGAUUGAAAGGCUUCAUAAAUUUUUGUCAGCAGCAUCCAAGCAAGUUUUAUUCACUUGUACUCAUGAAAACCUUGAAGCUAUUCAAAUUAUAAGUAAUGUCGGUGAGUCCACAUGUGGAACUCCUUGAUUUUCAUGCUUUAUGUCUGUAGUACAUAAACCAAGUGGACCUCCUCACACUUUUUCGUUUUUGGCUACCAAAAUUAGUGUCGGUCGUAUUGCAUGAACCAUAGAAUAAGCAAGGAGCUGCAUGUUAAUAUAUUCUCCAGUGUGUGUGCUCUGCUUUGUGCACUCACAGGUAAACACCAACAUACUUUAUCACAUUGAUUUUCCACGUGUUUCACUCCAUUGUAUUAUUGUGGAGGCAUGCAUGAGUCUGCAUAUUGGCAUGUACUCCACAUGUACUUUCAUGUUGAUAAGAAACACGGACAGGCAAAUAUGAAAAAUGCCACUUGUGGAUGGCCACAAUGCACACAGCUAUGAGCUGCACUGCUGUGCAAGCAGAUCAUUAGGUCUACAGAUGUUCAUAGGAAUGGAUUAUUUCUUGUCGUAUUCUAUAAAACUGUUAUUCUGUAAGAUAAGGGGUGUGAAUGACGCCUCAGGGAAUGACUAUAAUUUGGGCUAUUACAGCAGGCUGCUAGUAAUCUUAGUGGUUCAAUACAAACACACAGCAUUGCAGCAAGAGGAACAAAAAAUUAUCCACACAAAAAAUUAAUCAAGACAGCUCUGUGCUGCCAUUUCUGUCUUUCUUCUUGUGGACCAUCUUUUUUCCUUGAUUGAUUGGAUGAUUCAUGAAGUGUAAAUGUCCUAAAGCUGCACUGGGCCUAUGAGAGGCACUGUAGUAGAUUGUCAGAAAUAAACUUUGACCACUUGUAGUUUUUUUUAAUAUGCAGCUAAAUCUAAGCACACAAGUGUUUUUGCUUUCUACUCCCAUCAGAAUGCAGCCACCAUGGCAGGAAUCGAACGCAUGUGUUCAGCAGCAGAAUGCCAUAGCCACUGAGCCACAUCUUCUGUCCUUCCUGCACUGUGUGUUUGCAGUGGAUCAAAAAUUAUAUGCUGGGCUUUGUGGGGUUAAGUGGCUUGUGCUGAGAACAAUGGCUCAUUGUAUUCAUUCUCUGUGAAUGGGCCUUCAAAUGAUUGUUACCUGCAAUCUCCCCCUUGUUCUUCUAUGUUUCAGUGGAAUGACUGACUUUCCAAAGGUUAUUAGGGACUUUCCCCCCCCCCCCUUUUCACUGCAAGGUAAAUUUGCCUCAAGGUAAAACUGUUCCAGGAAAUGGCUCCUGUGAAUAUCAGCACAAGCUGGUUUUUGGCCUUUGUCCAUGAAUACCGUAUAGGCUCGUGUAAAGGCCGCACUUGGUGUAAGAGCUGCAUCCACAACUUGGCAGCCCAAAAUUUGUAGAAAAAGAAAUUUUUCCAAUGGAGAAGCAAUCCUGCUAGGUGCCACGAUGCCACGAUGCCACGCACGUGCAUCGGCGAAUUUUUUCGCUCUGCAUACUUCCAUGUGUCGCUACUAGAUGGCAAGAGCUGUGCAUUGACCUCUGAUGCAAUGGUACAUCCUGGUUGUGUAAAAGUCGCCAGCCCCUUGCGCCAUUAAACACCAAAUAUUCAUUCAUUCACAAGUCGCCAGCUGCGCCGGCACGAUUCUGACCAAGAGAUUCGGUCCUGUUUAAGGGCCGCACCACGUCAAAAUUGUGAAAGAAAAAAAGUGCAACAAGUAUAUGGUAUGCUUGCAGACUACUACAUUGGCACGUGCUUUAAUAUUUUCUGUUUUCAAAAAUAAGAGCGCUAGCUAUACGCUGGGUGUGCACACGAUUGGAUAUAACAUUUUUUUAUUAGACACAGAAGCUCAUUGCUAGCUAUGCAGUAAAGCUAACCUUACAUUUUACUAUUGCAAGGGCAUAUGCUUGGAUAUGGCAUUUCCUGCUUAUGCUAGCAAUGCACUUAAGUCAGCUUUACUUUCUAGUCAGUUGAGUGAGAUGAGAAGGCUUCAUAUAUGGACACACAAAGGGCUGUCUUCUGGAGUGUCAUCUGAGGAGCCACACAGACUGCUCAUAUUGUAAAAAUUUUUAAUCUGCCUCCACCAUAUUUUUUGCACAGUAAGUUUAGGCCAAUAAUGUUAUGCUUUACUUCACUGCCUGUACAAGGUGUGGCUAAAAAUGUAUGCCUAAAUUUUUACUCUACAAUUCUUAACAUCAUAACUUAUGAAAUGCUUAACUGCCUAUUACACACACAAAAAAAGCCUUAACAUGCAACAGUGCUCAAGCUGCUUUUGAAGAAUUGCUGAAAUUCUUUAAGAGGAAAUGGUUCCGUCCCAUGAUGAUUGAGCAGCUUUUCACCCUCAAUGUGUGCAAUUCAAGUUGGUGCUGUCUUCCUCUUUUUUUUUUCCACUCUCUUUGAUAAACUGCCAACGUUGCUUAUUACUGAAGAGAACAGCAGAUGCGCCUUUUUUUUUUUUUUGCCUUAGGUCACAUGUUCCUAAAUGAAGGCCUGUCUUCACUUUCAGUGACAUUUAGAUUUGUUCUUGUUUCAUCAGGCUCAGGUGCCCAAAAUGAAUUUUUGAGUGAAGUGCUUGCACACAGAAAUCUAGUAGCAUGCUAGAUAUAAUUACUAUAUAUGAAUGCACAUUCAGUACAUUGGCAAAAAUUGGUACAAAAAUUACCCUGUGUUGCUAGGAGCCCUGCAUGAGCAAUUAUUUAUGUCACAAACCUAGGUGAUUGUGUUCAGAUAAAUAGAAUUUGGAAAAGUUGUUAAAUUCUAAGUUGUAGCCAUGCAUAGCUGUUGUCAAAUAAAACACAUAAUGUUUCGGAAACAACUCAAAUUCAAAAUUGCACUCUGCCAUACGGCUUUUUAUCCAUGGUGAGCAAGAAAGACAUGCCAAACUGAACCCUUUCUGAGGCUGUCUGAAGGAAAAAUCAGUUUUGACAUCAACUGGUAUGAAUCUAAAUGAAUCUGUGUGUUUCAUAGAAGAAUUGUUAAUUUGUCAUGCUACUUUGUUAGAAGAGUACUGACACAGAAUUUUCAUCCCUCUUCUUUAUUAGAUAGCUGCCGACUCUGUAAUCUAUGGGGCCUAAUUUUCUUGGAAACACAACAAAUCACCAAUUGCAUCCUCUUUAAUGUCACCACUUCAAAACAUGGGCCAUGUUGCGUGUGGGUCCAAGUUUGUUGAGCAGGCUUCCUCGUUAUAUCACAGGUAUCACAGGUGGUGGUCACAUGAUAUCACAAACCACCGACACAGAUUGGUCAGCCCAGUACAGUGGUCACUGGCCACACCAAGACCAUCUCACUGGAAGUUGAGCAUAUUAGGCAUCCAAGAGGAUAACAGGAGAGAAAAAUGUGGUCUGCGUUCUGCCAGAAGCGACACCAGUGGACAAGGUUUAUCUCGCACUGAAUGCAGAGGAGUGCAGAAUAGAGGAUGAAAGAAUUGCCUACAUGGCAGUGUGCAUCCAGCUUUUUGCAACACGGUUACGGUGUGGCCUAUGGCUGCUGCACCUGAUGUGCACAUCAGCAAUUUGUGACACCACCUGGCCACCAAUUCUAAUUUACAUGCUGUAACUAGGAGUCCUGCUUAACACACACUAGGCCACAAAGCUGCGUUCCACAUGGUGCACAUUUUGAACUGGUCACAUUGACCCUUUACCUCUCGAAUUAUUUUAGAAAAAAAUAUUCCCAAAAUACCGAUUUCUUAAAAUGCUUGAUAGAAUCCGCACAUUAAAUAAAUGCCAAAAAUACAUUCAGGGCGUUAUAUUUAUUUACAGAACACGAAUAAAAUUGUUUUAAUGCUAACAAAAGUUGGCUUAACUGCACUGCUUGAAGUUUGCUUUUUCAGCGUCGGUAAAGUAAAACAAAACGUCAACGUCCCAAACACGACUUCUGUGGCCUGUGAAAGUUUUGACACAAUCGACUGCCACAUGGGAUCAUAUUUAGUUGCGUAUGACCCUUUUGGCAUGUUUCCAUAUUAUCAGUGUGCCCGACAAUGGCAACGACGUUGCCAUUUUUCUUGUUGCCAACUUUAGAAAUGCUUCUGCUGAUCUUUCAUAUUUCUUACUUUGCCAUCUGUGACCAAAAUACAGAACUAGACACGUGGAUGUACUCAGAUUGUCCUUGGUGAGAUAAAUUGGCACUUUUUACUGUGGGCUAGCUCAGCUCAUCCACGGUAGCCGGUGUGCGAAAUGUGUGAAGACACACCUUGCUUGUCUAUGGGAAGUAAAGGGUUGAAAAUUAUAUAAUCAAUUAUUUUAUAAAAUGAUUAUUGGUAAUUAUCUGAUACAGCAAAAUAAAAGCACAACACAAAAUUUUAUGUGUCAGUAUUCCUUAAAUUAGACAGUUCUUAGGGCAAUAUAAGUCUGUGCAUGUUCCGUCCACUGGAUAAGUACAGUGCGACCCAGGAACACACAAGUGUACAGCACAUAUGAAUUUUCCCCUUUGGCAAGUGUAAAAUCGCCCGGCUUUGCAACAGACGACUUGUGGUUGGUGGUACAGGACCCUUUAUACACACCUGUGCAGUGCAUUAACAUUGCUUCAGCUGGCACAUGCACCUAGAGCGCGAGCAGAGUGGGAGCCACACAUUAUAGUGUCCCCUUUAAAAGAGCACUGCAAGAUUAUUUUAACUGCCAAGUGUUGCGCAACAACAGGUUCCUUUUAUGGCAAAUCGGUUCUGCAGAAGCCGGCAAGGUGGAGGAAAGUUCAUGAAAGGGAAAAAUUGUCAUCCACCCGACUGUAGCAUGAAGCUACACAGGAAAUGCAUAUGGGCUUCUCAGAAAGAAAGCUUUGCAGUCUAAAAAAAUUUGCCCUGGUCCGAAAUUUUUCUUCCACUGCAAAGCUUUCUUUCUGAGAAGCUUGUAUGGGUUUCCAUGUAGCUUUGUGCUGCACUCAGGUGGAUGACAAUUUUUCGCUUUCAGUUUCCUUGUAUGCAGUUAAACCUUGAUAUAAUGAACUUCUGCUUGCAGCAAAAAACUUGUUUAAAUUGGUUAAAUUUCAUUAAUUUGAGGUUUAAUGUUUCAGCAUUAAAGACAACUUCACGAAUUCCCAAAGCAUUCUUGGUGGAUAUUAUCGUGUUAAUAAGCACUUAUAAGCAAAUUGCAAGAAGGUCGGGACAUAAUAGUGCGGUUAUGAGCGCUAGCACGUGCGGUGCUGAUCGUGCCCUGAGCAAUGCAUCGACGUAGCUCACGGGGUCCAAGAUUUGUGUGUGUUGCGUCACACAGCGCCAUAAAUCUUGGAUGGCAUAGCUGACCAUGCUUAGUGCCCACAGCCAGCUCCCCAAAUUAAAAACAAAAUUGUAAAAAGAUACGCAUAUUCAUUCUGAGCAAAAAAAGAAAAGAAAAGAAAUUCAGUUUCAUGGAGCAUUGAUGGCGAUAGCAAAAAGACAACUACACAAAGUAUGGUUCGUAGCUUUACCGGUGUCACGCACACUCAGGCAAACAUGACAGAUCUGACUGGAUGACCAUGAACUUUCUGUCUAUACUGACCACUAUACUUGCGAACAACUUUCUGCCGCUGUGAAGUGAAAGCUACGGAGGCAGAGCGUGCACACGUGUGAGCGCUUCUGAAAAAAGUCCCGCGUUUUAAUCCACGGUAGUUUAGGCUGAGGAAGACAAAACAUAAACAUCCUAUUAGCAACAGUUAAAUAAGACAGAACACACCACUGAGUGUAAGCAUUUUUUUUAUUUUGCAGCUUUUCCUUUCCACGUUUAGGAAAACGCGAAACCAUCGCACGUGGAAGCUGUGUCGAUUCCAGCGUAUGUUCCGAUCAACCAAAAGCAGUCAUAUGGCGUGGUAACAUGUGCAACAGCCACGUGCCCGUAGCUUCCCCUUAAAAAUUAAAUUGUGGGAUUUUACAUGCCAAAAUCACAACCUGAUUAUGAGGCAUGCCGUAGUGGGGGACUCCGGAAAUUUGGACCACCUGAGGUUCUUUAACACACACAUAAAUCUAAGUACACGAGUGUUUUCGCAUUGUGCCCCCAUCAAAAUGCAGCCGCCGUGGCCAGGAUUCGUGCUUAGCAGCCCACUAAGCAACCACAGUGGGUUACACGACGUUCAUGGGCACAGUUGUCCGCGAGUAUAGACAUGCGGGAACAACAAAAUGCGCACGAAGGCACCAACCAUUUUGGCUCAGCCUUUGCACUCGCCUCGCAGAGAUUACCUCCAAGAUAUGGUGCGUGACCUGUGCACAGAAGUGGGCGCUAGGAGGAGAAUGCAGACAAAAGCGUGUUCCUGCUCCCCCUCCUCCUCCCCCAUGCGUGCUUGAUCACGUUACCGCGUGUUCACUCCCUUCCCAUCCCCUUUGCGCAGAAGGAAUUGUCAGCUCUCGUGUUUCUCCGAGCACUGCGAGCUGCCUGGGCAAUAGUUUACCAACGCGACAAAUUGUGCAGCGAUGUUUACUGCCCGACCGCGUCCCGGCACGCUUUGACAGCCUUUUUACUGCUGAAACUUUUUGUGCAGAAGGACACUUGAAAUAACUUUUGCCUCGAUUAUAUUUUUAUAGUUAUUUUUGCUAUAUUUACUAGCCAUACAAGCUCCAAGUACAUGCUUGAAAUGGCCGAAAACGUCGUUAAAUCAAAACCGUGCCACGAAACUACUUCGUUACAUUAAUACAUGGUUUUCAAUGCAACUAAUAUCGGCAAAUGAAAAUAGUUUGUUACAUUGCAAAUUUCAUUAAAUUAAAGUUCGUUAUAUCAAGGUUUGAUUGUGAUAAGUCCCAAGGUAAAUGCAAAAAUAAUGAGAAAAAUUGACGCAAGCAAACGAAAGUUAUUUAACCUACAAAUUCAAUAUAAAAGCAGAUGAUAAAAAGAAGCAUACGCUUUCACAUUACAUGCACCCUACGAGGACUUGCGCUGCUUCCAAUCAAAAUGUGGCUUAUGUUAAUGUAGUGGAAGCCGUCACCCUAUUGUGGUUUUCCCACGACAACUCGCAGCCACACUUUUUGAUGAGGGUCAUCACUGUGCUUACAAUCUCCAUGUGCAUCACAUGUUACCGUAGCACUGGUGGCGCCAUCAUGUGACACUUUCAACCACAAAACCCAAUAAAUAUUUCUGUUGUGUCAUUUUCUCCCCAAAAAAGAAAAUCUAGUAUAAGCUAAUGACUCUUGCUUCCAAUGCUGUCAUACCAGCAGAUAGGUAGAACAUGUUCGUUAUAAUGGGCUCUAGUGGACGUCAGUGCCACAAGAUGGCAUCUCCAGUGUACCAUUAUUCAGUAAGUCGUAAUAUAUGUGUACAGGCAGGUUAAAACUCUCUAAUGAGUUUCUUUCAUGUGACACAAUUGGAACACAAUAUCCUGCAAUGAAGUGAGGCACUAUGCAUCAUCCCAUAUGAUGAAACACCUUUGGAAGAACCUGAAUCACUAUCGAGCCCAACACAGUGCAAGGUGAAGAGCGCCCAUUGUGUAAGCUAGAGUGCCUGGAUGCGCUCCCUCUCGGGGGAAAAAGAGCUCAUUAAGGAGGCACCCUAAUUUAUAUAAACUGUUGGACAGCGCACAAGUGCCACUUGUAAACGUUUAAAAAGUUAUAUUGCAAGCAGCUGAGACCUCUUUAUACCUCAAAAAAGUGUAAAGACGAUUUUGUUUAAAAAUCAUGACUACAUGCAUAGUAUCAACAUAUACAGUAUGAUUUUUGUGCCCAACCAAUCAAAAUGAACAGCAUGAACCUAUAUGUCAUAUGCCUUCUGCCUCACAUCUACUGGCUAAAAUCUUCGGUGUGGAGACGUGGUUGGCGGGGAAACUGAUUUCUGGAGAAAAAUUAAGUCUUCAAUGCUCUGACCUUGGUACUUUCACUGCCACUGAAAUAAUCAAGUAAUACAGUAAGCAAAUGUGGAAUGAAAACAACAUGCAUUAUUUGCAUCACAGGGCCCCUUUAACAGUAGACCACACUGUACAUGCGCAGAACAUUGCAGCUAGCUGCAGUCUGGCAUUUCUGCAUUUGUAUACUUGAAGCUUUUGCAUAGUCAUGUUCAAAAGUGCUGCUGAGCUGUUGCAGUUUAUAACUACAUUGUUUGUCUGAUGUUUCGGGCAGCAGAUAAUUCUGUGAAUAGAAAGUAUUGUCAGCAUCCAUUUAGAGGCAAGGUCAUUAGCACUGCAUGGUGAUAGUGCAAAUGGAUCUUAAACAAGACAUUAAUUAAUUAGUUCAGGAACCAUUUCAACAGGUGUUGAGGAGUACUACAUACUAGGCCAAGUGCAGCUGAUUGUUAUUGUGACCAUGUAUGGUCCCUAAUCAUAGUGUGAGGAUAACACAGUAUGAGUCAUAAUGAUUUAUUUAUUUGUUUGUUUUUCUUCGGGUGUUCAGAGCACUUUAGUGUUUUGAAGCAACAUUCAAGGGCAGUAUUCGAUAAUGAAAAGUUAGGUUCCUAAUUUGUGGCAUGUAGUGUAGAAGUGAAAUUUUUUUAUGUCUACUUUUUCUGGCCCAUUUUAUAAACCUGAUAUGUGCCUAGUGAAAUUGUGUUUUUUGUGUUUUGUAGUUCAUACAAAGAAAGUAGCAAGGUGUGACAUUUCUGGGGUGCAUUUUUUUUUUAUUUAAAGCUAUCUGCUCUUAGUAACAGCAAUAUAAUGUGCACUUAAUAAUUCAUAUGGCUUUGACAGGUUUGUAAUUACUCAGUUUCUUGAGUAAGACAUUCUAAAAAAUCCUGAAGGCAAUAGAAGAAAGCAAAAUGACAAAUGCUUGUGCAAGACUGUGAACAUGUGUACCAAGUGAAGCAAGUGUAUCAAGGAUGAGCAAACUAGUCAAGCACACCUGACUGAAGCUUAGAGCAAUGAUACAGAGCACAUAGUGCGCACUGUUGUCACGUGCACAUAAGAUGAGACUAUUUUUUCACUGUGUGCUGCCUGAAAGCAGUGUUUCGUCCACAUGUUACAAUCUGUAAAAAAAAUAGCCUGAAACACGAUUAAAGGGAUGAAGUAGUUCACAAACAUUGCUUAUACUUCAUAGCAUUGAACCAUGCUUCAUUCGCUGACAUUGCCAUCCUAGACUUGGCCAAAUCGGGCUUCGGCCUUGUAUGAAAGAAAAGUGUACUCAAUAUGGCUAAUUGUGUACAUCUCUUGCUCUUUUGUUUUGCCUUACCCUCAGAGCCUACACUAUCAUACUUGUGCAACCUUUUGUACAUACAUGCAGCAGCAGAUAUCUAUUUUAGAAAUCAUCGUUAUCAUAAUGUAACUGCCAUUUUCAUUGUGUGUGGUUAUUUCUGUAAGGUCAGUAGCUGUGUGUCUGUGUGACCAACACCCAUUGCAAAACAUAUACAUGUACAAAGUAAUUCCUUUGCAGUGGAUGUUUACAUAAAAAAAUGCAAAACAUACUAAUUUGCUGGCAUGUAAUGCAGUGCUACCUAGCCUUGAUGGCACUGACAAUUAUGCUUCCAUUCCUUGGCAGGCUAAAAAUACAACUGCCGUGGAAAUGACCUGCAUCUACUGUAGUUUGAUCUGUGGCCAUAUCUAUGGGUCUUCCCUUAUUGCGUACCUUAAAUGAAGCCACUUUCUUCACAACUCAUACAUUGAGGACUACAUUGGCUGCAUUUAUGUGCUUAAUAUACUCGGUUCUCAGGCCUACAUUAUGUAAAAUAUGAAGUGCAUGAAGAUUCCUCUCAGACUUUAUUACGGAUAACUCCUGUUUUAUUUUUUUAAUUUUUGCAAAUCAAUGUUGUAGGAAGUAAAGCUUUGCCUCUUCAGCUGCACUACUUGUUACUUUCAUAAGAAAUCAAGUUUAAUUAGCUCUUUAUUAAUUUCACUAAUUAGCAUUACAACUAAUUGCUUAAGGUAAUAUGUUGCCAUUGUGAAAUCUGAGCCUAUGUUCAUUUUUAUAAAUCCUCGAACAAGUGCAAGUUUCAGUAUAAAUUCAUCCCAAAAGGAUGUACUAAAACAUUGACAUUCUGAGUGUUAUUUUCCAUAGCAGGGCUUUCUUAAGCACUUCACGAUAAAACUAUAUAGAAUGCCAGUGUGUCUUGUGGCACAUUUUAGGAAUAUACAUAUCAAAAAUAGUGCUAGUCCUGAGAUUUCUAUUAAAUAGAUUGACCAGCUUCAAUUGCACAAUCUCAGUACGUUUUCUAGGGUGAGUAAUGAAUCACUGAUUACUGAUAUGUUGUUAAUCAACUAAUUGGCCUGGCUUUUUAUUCAAUUUCAUUCCAAUUUGUCCAUGUAAUUUAUUUUGUCACCUAAGUAAUGUCCUGCAUUUCAAGUAAUUCUCCUGAAGAGAUGAAGCUUCUUCACUAUCUACCAUAAGUCAUUUGCAAAUUCUAGUUUAAGCAAACGUGAUCUGUACAUGCAACAACAGAGUGCAGAAAGUGCACUUUGCCUGAAUGCUGCUGUAUGUUUAAGUGUUAGUUAACAUGAGUUAUUGUGUUUCCAUGGAAGUGUAUGCACUCUGGUACACAUGUGUAUGUGUAUGUUUCACUUAAUUAUUAUUUAAAAGCAGCCAAAGUUUAUUUCUGCACGAAUAUAGAAUUUGCACUUAUGAUCUAAAUUUUGUGUAGCUAUGUGGUGUCUGGCCGUAGAAUGUGCACACGACACAUUAGAUUUGUUGGUGCUGCCAUUGCAAACUUAAUGUUCAAUGAUAACACAGUGCAUGCAUCACUGAUGCAUGACAUGAAGUUCAUUUAUGAAAAGUGUUGUGUAGAUGCAGGUCGCAGAAGCAAUGAUGUACAUCACUGUUGUAAAAGAUGCGUACACUAAGACUGCACGGCUUGAAGUAUUAUCAUGUUGCCUUCUGUAACUGAAGGUUAAAAAGUCUCGAGUGUUUCAAUCAUUUCGUCCAUGGUUACCUUUGUUAAGAUUUCUUGACGUCCCAUGUACAUGAUAACAAAAAAGUAUAAGCCAGGCCAGGUUAGGACUGGGCCUUUGUCCAUUUUCUGUAUUGCACUUAGGUUUAUGACAGAUGCCAGUCGUCCAUUUUUGAAACAAAUGCUCAUUGAUACGUGCAAUGCAACUGGUUUCGUGAAGUGUACUGUGUUGGGAUAUUUCGAUCUUGCUUGCAGCAUUCAUAUGAGAGUGGCGCAUAUGAGAGUGACGCAUGUUAAUGCAGAGUUGUGUUAUUGCAGUUUCAAACAUUCACACAGAUAUGGCUUGGAGUGCACCGAAAUGCAGUGGGUACAUUCUUUUUGCUUUGCACAGUGCCAAAUGCAGUAUUCGAGCACCUGGAAGUUGCCGCUAACUAUUAGUUACUGUUUUGCAGCCUGUAUACAGUGUUAUAGCUAGUGUGUUAUUGUGACACACUGGCCCUUGUGGAAUUUAGCAUUCACAAAGCAUCAAAUUACAGAGCUUAGAGAUAUGAGCCACAGUGUAUCGCUUGUUGACAUGGUAUGUCAUGAUACCCAUAAACAUUCCACAUGAAGUUCUGCAUGAAUAUGUUUCCCAGCUAGUUCUUAGCAUUAGCAGAUACUCCUGAUGUACCAGUGAGUGCAUUAGGAUGCAAUGCCAGACAACAUCAACCAUGAGGUCUUCACUUGUAGCUUAUAUCUCCAGAGUAUGUGCAGACAAUAUAUUGCAAGUUAUGGUGAAAUGCACGUGGUAAGUUAAAUUCUAUUUAAAACAAUAUGUUGGCAUUGCUAGAUUGUAUCAAUGUCUUACAGCCAGGCCUAUUUAUUUUUGUUCACACUUUCACACACAUAGGAACAGUUCUGUUGCUGUAUAGUAGCCUUCCACAAAAUUCUUGCUACUGGAAUUGUGUAUACAACAUUGUAUUUAUGGCACAUAUACGUUUUAUUUACGCAAAUGCACCUGAGUGUCCUGUGUGUGUAUUAUUUUUUUUUUUAAGCAAGAAAAGCUGUGAUCAGCGAUGUGAAUAAGCAGAUAACAGUGCAAUUACAAUAAUGAAAACAACCCUCUGCAGCGAGGUUCUAAAUACGGUGGUUUCAUGUGCCAUGAAUAAACAUCACAUGCGAGUGCAUUUGAGCAACUGCUGUGGCUACCAAAUUUGCUAAGGCAUAAAAUAUAUGCUUGGGAUGCACCAAGUUAGCAGAUAUUUUGUUACAUUUGGCACUUCUGAUGUGUUCCUUUGAUUAACCGAACAUUUCACAUGUACACCAUCGCUACACCAAUACUGCUGUUUUUUACAAUUCAUUUUGCACCUUGGCACAAGAAUCUGACUGCUCAUUGAAAACUGCAGCCAAUAGCUGUGCUUGGCUGGCCAAUCGUGAACAAGGUCUCCGUCCCACUGCUAGAAGUGGCCAGCUGAUGUGUGUUUGAAAGCUUUAAUGGUCAUGUAUCAGGAAUGUAUUCAUUGUGCUUGUCUGAACCUUGGCUACUGUGGCGCUUGGCUGUGUUUGUGAGUGCUAAUAUAACGCUGCACUUGUACAGCCAAUGACUUCAAAGCCAGAAUGCCCUGUAAUGCUUGAAUACUUUGUACUUGCUAGAAUAGGAUGGGCAUCAAUGCCAGUUUUGUUUGGCAGUAGCGUGGCUCAUCAUGCUGAGAUAUUUACUAUGAUGGAUAAGUUGUGACAAAGCUUAGAGCUUGUCCAAUAUUAAUGGCAGAUGUCGAAGUGCUGCUUGCUUGAAAUACAAGGUAUUUUCAGAUAACAAUGAACUAAGUAGUCCCAUGACCACUUUUUGUUUGCAAUCAAAUUUUCAUGCGGUUAUAGCAUAGUUUUUAUAUAAAAAAAAAAUAUGGCAUGCGAGAAGGUGCAUUUUUGUAAUUAGCAAAUUUUGCCUUUGCGUGAAGGAUUAUAACAAAAAAAAACUAAGACACUCUACCAAACGAAGUUUGUAAUGGCAAUUUAAGAUCACUUGUCAUUAAGGCUAGUAUAAGUUUAGAUUUUUGUGGUGCGAAAUAAAGGAGAAAAAAUGUGGCAGCAUGACACUAGAAGCAGGCUCCUUUGAAUUAGGUUAAGUGGGGCAGCUUGUGCCUAUACAGUCUACUUAUAUGCUAAUACAAAUAGGUCAAAACUUUACUAUUACUAUCCCCUCAAGUCAUUUUCAUUCAUUUUUUCUUUCCUAAUAACUUGUGGCUACAAAUAAUGUAGAUUUUUGCAAUUUAAUGUUUAAAGAGGCCAAAAAUAUAAAAACUGAAAAUUGUCAUUUUUCAAACACCAUGAAGAACUUGUCACCUUCAGUUUGCAUAAAAUUUUUCUGAGUGGUGACCACCCAAGUAGUGAUUCAAGAGCUGAAAAAACAUGCUGCAUCAUUUUAGGUAGGAAAACUAACACUAUAUCUGAAUUUCUGUAUUGUUUUUCAUGCCAUCAGGAAUAUCCCAUUAUUUUUUUUAAUGUCGCUCUAAUUUCAGUUUUGUAGUAUUUGGUCGUAACAUAAUCUAUAGAUGUAAACUAUUUUGCUCAUUAGCUGGCAAGAAAUUAGCCACACAUGUGGUUGAGAAUUUGCCCUCUAAGGGCAACCUAAGGCCCACUAUUUUCAGAAGACGCAUUUUUCUAUCCCUCAUGAAAAUUUUAUUCCAAAUGAGAAAUGGUCAUGGGGCUGCCUGGUUUAUUCUAAUCUGAAUGUACCCUACAAGAAUGUAGCUUAAAAGCUGCAAGCAAAGCUGAAAAUUUGACUGUGUUCUGUGUUGCAUAAUACAGUAGAACCUCAUUAUAGUAACCAAUUAGCAGUAAAAUAUAGACAAGGAAACUAUUGUAAACACAUGCAGACCCAGUUUAGCCUCACAAGUGCAUAAAUAUAAAGCAUAGGCCAAAAUAGUUUUUUCUUGUGUGCGCAUGUGUAUAAUCCUCUAGUAUUUUUCUUAACUUGAAGGCAACCAUGUUUCAGACCAUCGAGCAGGAGCAUGAGUGAUAAAGUGCUGUCUUGGCUUUAAUGAUGCAGCAUGCUUUGACAAAAAAUGCACUGCUUAUGUUAUUAGAUGCUGGAAAAUGUUUGUAUAAGCACAUGUUUGUGGAUAUAAUGAGAGUAACAGCACACUCGGAGCUCAAGUGGCAAAAGUAGUGUUAGAAUUUUCACUUUGAGACAACUUCCAGUAAGCAACCACAUUUUAAUAUAUGUACAUAUAGUAACAAACUUCUUUGUAUAACAAAGGUGCUGAUUAUCUUUCUUUUUUCCCAAGAGGUAUUACUGUACUGAGGUUGUACUGUAUUUAAAGCAUUUAAUCUUGUAAUGUUAUAUUCCAUCAUUCUAGGCAGAUUGCAGACAUUUUUUAAACAGGCAUAACAUGCAUUUAAUAUGCCAGCAGUGUCUUCAGAUACAUUCCAUGCUUACCUGUUCCUCUAUUUUCCCGGUAAACUUGUUAAAAUUCUUGGCUUUAUAUAAUAUUGAAAACUGAACAUGCCUGCCUUUCCUUUCUCAUGAAAGUGGCUGAGAAAAAUGCUUUACUUUCAGUCUUGCCUGUUCAGUUAGUUGCAUAGGUAUUUCGAAAGUCUUUAUUAGAUGAAGAGUGCUUGUACGCACCCUGCUGCAGGGAAUAUAGGCGUAGCAAUCAGAUUGCAGAGGUGUACACAACCAACAUUCAUAAUCUGAAGCCUCAUCUCGUGAAAUCAAAACCAUUAUGUUGCCAAAGCAAGGCUACGUCUAGAGAUCUGUGUGUAUUGCAAAGUACAAAAAGGUGUAACCCGUCUUCCUGCCCCAUAAAUGCCUUUCUAUGUCCCACAAAACAGGAUCCCAGGUAGUACAAUGACAAAUUUGCCAAAUUUUCAAUCCUACCAUCUGUUUUCUGCACCAUCACCCUUCUAUAACAAAAGGCAAGACAUUGUUUCACGCAUUGCCUAAGAAGUGUGUUGGCACUAGUUUUGUGCUGUGGUUCCUUUUAGAAUAAAUGCUGUCCUGCCUGA